GGGAGCGGGGUGGGCGGGGCGUCGGCGUGACGCGACGUGAGGCGCCGUCGCUCGGCUUUCACACAAGCCUAGGUUUACCUCAGCGGCACCAUGAGCAAAAAGAACCAGGUUUCGUACGUGCGGCCGGCCGAGCCCGCCUUCCUGAGCCGCUUCAAGGCGCGAGUCGGCUACCGGGAGGGGCCCACGGUGGACACCAAGAGAGAACAGCUCCCAGCUGAUGACGAUGACGAUGGAAGCGACAAAGAGGAUGAACAGCCACAGGUGAUUGUUUUGAAAAAAGGGGACCUGAGUGCCGAAGAAGUGAUGAAGAUUAAAAAGGAGGUUAAAGAGACUCCCAAAGCCACAGAUGAAGAAGCUGACUCUGGAGAUGGAAAGAUUAUGUUUAGGAAACCUCCUAAGCGUUCAUCAGAAGAGAAGUACUCCGGUUUGACGGCCACAUCAAGUAAGAAGAGAAAAGAGACAAAGAGGAUUUCUCCAACCUCCCAAAAUACAACCAAGCAAGUAAAAAAUAGCAGCUUGCUUUCGUUUGAUGAAGACGAGAGUGAUGAUUAGGAGCAGAUUUGGAUAGACAUACAGUUUUUCCUCACAGGCAGAAAGUUGCGCUGAGCGCACCAUGGAAACAGAAUGGGACUUUUAAUUUUAUUUUAUGCACAUCUAUAGUCAUGAAAGAUCUUUGAACAAAACUAUGGGAAAAAAUGAAAUCCGUACAAGUUUAAUAUUCCACAUAAUGGAAUCUUUAUUGGUGCACAUAUAAAUUUUCAGAGAGAUUUAUCUGCCAGCCAGUCCCCUUAUUUUGUUUCCACAAGAAUUUAGUGUCAAAAGACGGCAUCUGUAUGUGCAUAUUUACUCAAUUACACCUGAUUACCCAAACGGAGGAAUGUAAGGUCUGUUUACAGUGGACUAAAAAUGUAUAAUGUUGCUUUGGCAAAGCUGUCUGUCGUAUCUCAAAAGGACCGAAAGAAUUGCUGGGAUUCUGAUCACACUGGGCAUAUUGAUUUCAAAAGAAGAAACCCAGCCGCAGAGUGUCCUUUAGUGGAAAAAUAUUUGGAAGUUCAGUGUGUUCUGUAACCAGGAAUGGAUUGUGUGUUGCUACAAAACAUGUAGCAGGAUUAACAAUGUAAAGCUUCAUCAAGGAGCUGGUCCGAUGUUGCUGGGUGCAACAGCUGUUUUUAGUAUAGCUGAUAUUUUAAUGCCACGAUUAAAUGGCUGCGUGAAAUUAUUUUCUGUGAUUCCGUUUUUACCCACUGUUCUUGAGAGAAUAAAACUGUUUCUCCCCAGGCUAUA